AUUUUGUAUUUCAUAAUAUUUUAUUCAGUAUAAUAACUAAAAAUGAAGCGAAAAUAUAACUUGAUAUUCUAUAGUUUAUUACUUUUGAUAACACUGAGUACCUGUUAUGACGAAGAACACUGCGAAUUUGUGAAGUUCGAGAAUGCAAAAAUAGAAUAUGGAAGCAAUCUUGAAAUUGAAUCAAACUUAUUUGAAGCAAGAUUUAAUUGCAGUAAAGACGAAACUUGCAAGGCAAUCUUCCAAACAUAUGACAAUAAUUCUUUCUUCACUCGAAGUGAUGAAAACGAUAUCGAAUAUCUGGCGUACUCGGAAAAUAUUGACGACACCGUGUGGAUUAAAACAUGCAACAAUGAGCCUACAUUUCGAAAAAUAAACGUACCGUUUUCAACACCAUAUUUUGAACCGGUAAUGCAAGGUAGUAAUAUAUCAUUGCUGAAAGAAUUGUCUGAUUUGGAACUCAGAAUAUUUGACAACGGUCUCAAACGACAUCGUGAAAUCAAAUCGUCUGAUGAUGCUACGGAAGACAAUUUUAUGCUUGGUGAAUACGUCAUCAAUGUAAAAAAGAUAAAUGUGCAGAGAAAAAAAUCUCUUGAAAAAUCAAUCAAAAGCUGGUGCACUUACUCCGAAUGUGAAAUAUCGCCAAGAACCUAUUUCCAAGAAGUCACUCCCGAAUUCGCCCUACUUGCCUAUACUGAUAAUGAUGGUUAUGGUCACGUGGUCGUUCUUGGAAAAAACAGAAAAGUGAAGGAAACAAUUUAUCCAAAAGUAGAUGGGAAAAGUGGUAUUGUAUCUGGAGUAUAUGGGUUUUUGGAUGGAAGAUUUGCAGUGACGGUAUAUCUUGAUGACGAAAAUUAUCUGAAUCGACGAAUGUAUUUGCAGUUAUACAGAACAGAUUUCAGUAUGGAAUGGUCAACGCAUCUUCAUUCAGCUAUUGGAGCACCGGACAGAAACGUUGGUGAUUCCAGACUUUCUUACGGAGACGGAUAUUUUGCCAUUUAUUUUACUGUCUACGGAGUGUCAAACUUUGCAAAUGGGACGAAUGGCGAACAACUUUCUUUUGUCAACGAACAAGGAAAAUUGAUGACAUCUUCUUAUAAAUUACCAAGACAGACUUUUGUAGAGUCCGGAUACCGAUGGGGCUGUUCUCAUUCACUUGGGCAACUUGUUGACUUUCAUCCCUCUGAAUACCAGUUUGCUACAAUUUGCACUUCUGAUUUAUAUCCGAAAGGAAUUUCCAUCGGAGAACCUAACACAGGAGCAUUAUUAUUCGAUGCGAAAGCCAACGGCCGUGGAUACACAUCAGCGCAGAUAGGACAAUUGGCUGCAGGAAAUUUCGGAUGGAAACUGCUGUUCAACGCCAUGGACUUUGAUUGUUGCGAAGGCAAUGGUGUGGGAUUCAUCAGCAUAUAUAAUGAAAUUGAUGACAUCACAGGAAAACAAUCUUUCGAUGAUGUUGUGUGGUUGACUGACACCAGAGGAAUGUACGAAAGAGAUCCUGUUAUGGCUAGAUAUUUUCCAGAUGGAACGGAAGAACAAGAGAAAGAACGAUAUCUUGUGGGGUGGUACAAUGCUAGAGAUGAUGAUUAUUAUCUGGCAACAGUCGAUACAUUUGGUUCUAUCUUACAGAGUCCUGUAGCUACAAGUACACUGAAUGGUACUAAAAUACGAUGUAGAGGAAAUUGUGUUGCAUGGGGUAACAGAGAUGAUUCGUUCAAUACAUUAUCAGAUGGAUCAAUAGGUUGGAUACUUGCUUAUCCAGAAUCAAAACAGAUUUGGAUGUAUGAAGUUUCAUCAACUGAUUUGAAGUCACGUACACAAUGGAGUUUGUGGAGUGGUUGGGCUAUGUGUAGUAAGAGUUGUGGUGGAGGAAAAACAGAACGCAUCAGAACAUGCUUAAACGAAUCAGCAAACAAAGAGCAGAACUGUGAAGGAAUUGCACAAGAAACUAAAGAUUGCAAUACUGCUAACUGCACAGUACCUGUGGUUUGUACAUUCACGAAAAUACCCGAGACUGACCAGUUGAUUGGUACUUUGUUCAUCAACCAAGCUGUCCAAUUUGCUUAUUCAGAAAUCGAAGCAAAAGAGAAAUGUUUUCAAUUUCGAGAUAUAUGUUGGGGAUAUGGAGAAGAAAUUGUUAACGGCUUUCUAUUUUACGUCCUGAAAACGGAACAAAUUACAAUACCGCCUGAAAAUAUCACCGAAGGAUUCAAUACUACAGCCGGACAUGCUAUGAAUUGUACAGAAAGACCAGGAUGGUCAAAAUGGUCAACCUGGUAUUCAUGCAGUACUACUUGUGGAGGAGGCUCGAGAUAUCGAACGAGGUUUUGCGACGGAUCAGAAAAAGGAUCGCCGGUUUGCCAAGGUCUUGAUAUUCAGAUCGGUGCUUGCAAUUUAGGAAAAUGUCCCUCUUGGAACGAGUGGUCAUUAUGGUCAGAGUGUUCUCAAACUUGUGACGAAGGAGUUCAAAAUCGGAAUCGCCAAUGCGUUGGGGAUUACCCAGAGGCGUGUGGAGAUUUGAAAGGCCCCGAAAGCGAACAGCGACCAUGCACGAAGGGGAUUUGUCCAUAUUGGACACAAUGGACUGAGUGGAGUUCAUGUGACAAAACCUGUGGUCAGGGGACAAGGUUUAGAACAAGAGAUUGCAGAGGAGAUUUUGAUUGCUCAAGUUUGGAAGAACCACUGGAAGUUGAAUCCUGUAACCUCGGAGUAUGCCAGUUUUGGUACGACUGGAGUCAAUGGAGUGGAUGCAGUGUGACGUGUGAAAGUAAUGGAAUUAGACAGAGAACGAGAAGAUGCGGCGGAGACUUUCCUAAGCUUUGCGACAGAGAUAGCUUUGAAGAAACUGAAACAUGCUCGGUAGAUAACGAAUGCCCGAGGUGGACAACAUGGUCUGAAUGGAGCGACUGUUCUGCUACUUGCGACAUCGGGCAAAGGCGGCGAACUCAAUCGUGCGCAGCUAAAAUUCUGGAAACCUGCACGAAGCCUGGUGCAGCAGUAAAUUCGACAAAUACUACCUACGUUAUCAAGCGCGAUUUCUUGAAAAAUUUAUUUUUAAAAAUUGAUGCCAAAAACUGUACGUUUGGAGUGUGUUCUUCUUGGGAUCAGUGGGGAAACUGGGAGACAUGUUCUGCAACUUGUGGCAAUGGAACACAACUCAGAAGUCGACAGUGUUACGGUGAUUUUCCGAAAAUGUGUGCGUCGACGGGAAAAUCAGUGGAAUACCAGGUGUGCAAUCCGGGAACAUGCGGAGUUUGGCAAGAUUGGUCACAAUGGAGUGACUGCUCAGCAACUUGUGGUUUGGGUACGUGGACGAGACUGCGAAAAUGUAUUGGAGAUUUUAAAGAAACUUGUGUUGGUCCUGAUAAAGAUACUAGGCCUUGUGAUGUGGGCGAUUGUAUUCCAGAGUGCCACCCUCGUCCAUGCAAUAACAAAGGACAAUGUAGAUCAAACGAAUAUCUUGCAAGACGAUACAACUGCAAAUGUCCUGGCGGUUGGAUAGGAAAACAUUGUGAUUAUGAGGGGCCGGGAAUCCAAUGUGAAACAGAUGGAGUAAAAAUUGAAAUCGACCGUCGAGUUUUAUCUGAUGAACUUCUUCCUGAUGACCCAAAGUAUGUCGCAUUGUCAGGAUUUUCAGAUGUAUCGGAAUGUUCAGCAGUGCCACUUACAACAUCUAAAGAAAUAGACGUAUUUUCUUUGACUGUACCGAGCCCGAUUGAUCUUUCAUGUGGAUCAGAAAUGGAGAUAACUGAUGACGAAAUUCGAAUCAGGAAUAGAGUUACAUGGAAAGCAGUCGACGACAACAUACAAGCUGAAGUUAUUCUGUUGGAUUUUACAUGCGCUUACAAAAGCACGAUAGACACCAGCGUUGUGGAUACUUUUACUGGUGGUCCACUAACCAUCACUUCUUUCAAGAGGUCGCGGGAAAUUGUUAAUGGAUCAGCUAACUUCAGAGUCAUGAUUAAUCUUUUCCGAGAUUCCAAAUAUAGACUCCCGCUUGCAGCAGAUUUUGGUACAUUGAUGCAUGUUGCUGAAGGACAAAUAGUUUAUGUAUCUGUCAGUCUGAGUGAAUCAAGCAUAGCUGAUGACGUAGGUAUUUACCUCGUCAUGAACACCUGUUUUGUUACUGCUUCGGCGGAUAACAAUCGAUCCACAACUCAGGAACAGAAACCAUUAUUAUAUCUACUCAAGAACAGAUGUCCAGUCAGUCCAUUUGUCCGAGUCAUAUCUAACGGUGAAGGAAAAUCUGGAAAAUUAUCUGUUCGGGUGUUUGGGUGGUCAGGAAAAAACUUGAAAACCAAGAAUCUUUAUCUGCACUGCACGGUAGAAAUUUGUCAAGACCAAAUCAACAAAUGCAAACCAGUUUGCGAAUCACGCCUGAGAAGAAAACGAUUUAUAGAAGAGAAUAUUUUACUGAUUCAGAAAGGAAACAAGGCCAACAUUCCCUCUUCUGGCGAACUUUUACAUCGGGACGCCAGCAAGCCAUAUCCAAGCGUCGUGAAAAAGGUCGACAUAGGCGAACCGGAAAUUUCCCUCGUUAUGAAAGGACGCAUCAACUUUGAUAUAAAAUACAUGGUUUCAGCAGGACCGAUAUUAGUUGAAAGUGAAACUCAAGGUGAACUGUCAAGGCAGACUCGUGAUGUAAUGAUGGAAAAGUACGACAAAAUCUCCGAAGACGAAACUAAGUACUCACAUGUGUCACAAUCGAAAAUCCCCCAUGCUAGUAACUUCGUGACGUUAUUCGAAAAAUACUUCAUCUCGUCGGUGAUUUUAUUAUCUCUUGUAUUUUGGUACCUCAGGCGAAAAUUGAGUAAAUUCUUUUUAACCAGCUUGAAUAAAAACUUGAACUGUUGUAAACACGAUCAUAACGAACAAAUAUUGAAGGGUUGAUUACGAUCUACUGUUCAUAUCAAAAUAAUACGUUUAGCCAGUAACACGCUUAUGGACUGUACCGAUGACUUGAGUAUGAAAUGUUUCUAAGCUUCUAUGCCGUAGUUUUAUAUGUACGUCUAGCUACAUAAUUUUUGUUUGCAUUUGUUUUGUAUUGACUUGUUUACAUUGUGUAAUUUAUUGUGUCACUGUGUACAUUACGAAAAAAUAUUAUUUUGUUGAACUAAAAAAUAAACAAAGUAACGACUCCGAAGACAUGAUA